AUGGCAGCUAUUAAGACGGGCGGGCAGAUCGCCCGUAAGAAAAUACAGGUGUCUAUGGUUAUAAGAGACGAAGUGGAAAAACAGCAUAGGUCUGGUGUUAAUUCCUUACAGUAUGAUCCAGUUUUAAACAGGCUAUAUUCAGCUGGUAGAGAUAGCAUCAUAAGAAUAUGGAAUAGUAGGAAUACAAAGGAGCCAUAUAUCCAAUCUAUGGAACAUCAUACUGAUUGGGUUAAUGACAUAGUGAUAUGUUGUAGUGGCAAAAAUCUUAUAUCUGCAAGUUCUGACACUACUGUCAAGGUAUGGAAUGCACAUAAAGGUUUCUGCAUGUCCACCCUGCGUACGCAUAAAGAUUACGUUAAAGCGUUAGCAUAUGCCAAAGAAAGAGAGCAAGUUGCUAGCGCAGGUCUGGACAAGUCAAUAUUUCUAUGGGAUGUUAAUACUUUGACUGCUCUUACUGCGAGUAAUAAUACAGUCACAACAUCGUCUCUGAGUGGAAACAGAGACUCUAUAUACAGUCUUGCCAUGAAUCAGGUUGGUACAGUUAUCGUGAGUGGUAGCACAGAAAAAGUUCUUCGAGUGUGGGAUCCACGAUUUUGUACCAAACUCAUGAAACUUCGUGGCCAUACGGACAAUAUUAAAGCAUUAGUCAUAAACAGGGAUGGAACGCAGUGUUUAUCAGCGAGUUCCGAUGGCACUAUUAAAUUGUGGUCACUUGGCCAACAGAGAUGUGUGCAAACAUUUAGAGUUCAUAAAGAAGGAGUAUGGGCGUUAUUGGCAACGGAUAAUUUUAGCCAUGUAAUAUCUGGAGGUAGGGAUAAGAGGGUAGUAAUGACGGAAUUAUGCUACGCAGAGAGAUAUAAAGUCAUUUGCGAAGAAAAGGCACCUAUACUCAAAAUGAUUAUGACACCGGAUCAAUCUAGUAUUUGGGUAGCCACCAGCGAUUCAACCAUUAAUAAUUGGUCAAUAAGCUCACAAGAUUGGCAAGAAUUAGGAUUAGGAGAUUAUUGUGAUUCCACGAGUAAUGUGUCGGGCAAUAUCUUAAGAAACACCGAACCUACGCAGAAAAUAUUGGGUGGUCCUGCCAUAAGACAUUAUUAUAUAUUAAAUGAUAAAAGACAUGUUUUGACAAAAGAUACAGAAGAGAAUGUUGCACUAUAUGAUGUAUUAAAAGCAUGCAAAAUAGAAGAUUUAGGUAGAGUUGAUUUCGAGCAGGAAUGUAAAAAGAGAAACAAAAUGGUAUAUGUUCCAAACUGGUUUAAUGUCGAUCUCAAAACAGGGAUGUUAACUAUACAUUUAGGGCAAGACGAAAAUGAUUGCUUCUCUGCAUGGGUCUCUGCCAAAGAAACUAGUCUCGUAGAUAACGAUGCUAUAGAUCCAAAAGUGAAUUAUGGAAACCUCUUACUGCAAGCAUUACUUGAACACUGGUGGAGACCGUUGCACGCCGAUGAUGAGAAUGAGGGUAAUGGUAAUGAUGGAAAUGGUUUACCUUUACAACACACAAGAGGAGGAAAUCCAUACUUCUCAGUUCCUAGCCAUACACCUCUCAUCUUCAGUGAAGUAGGAGGUAGAACCCUCUAUCGAUUAUUGGUUCGAGAUGCUGCAGGAGAAACUGAGGGUGUUCUAUUAAACGAGACCGUACCACCAUGGGUGGUGAAUAUCGUCGUGGACAAGAAUCUUCCUCAGUUCAUUAAAAUACCUUUUUAUCUUCUUCCACACGCCUCUUCAGGUGUAAAAAGUUUGAAGAAGGAUCGUUUAAUAGCCAAUGAUUUUAUACAAGUACGUAAAGUGGCAGAACAUAUUUACGAUAAAGUACUCGGUACAGGAAGCGACUCAGGUUCAGUGGCUGGUGGAACAGUUUCCACUACAGUUUCCAGCGGAUCUCCCGCAGGCGAUAGGACGAACACGGACUCUAAUGCUGAUAAUUCUUCAUUAGCUGAAGAAAAAGUCGAACUCUUAUGUAACGAUCAAAUCUUGGAUCCUUCAAUGGAUUUGAGAACAGUUAGACAUUUUAUUUGGAAAACUUCGGCGGAUUUAACACUUCAUUAUCGUCCUAUUAAAUAGUUAGGAUUAACAUUACAUCAUCAACCUUUACAGUGUACCUGGUUCUAUACCAUGAAUAGAGGAAAAUACAUAGGCUACUUGCAAAAUAUGGUACCUUGUACCACCUUCUUGGGAAAUAAUCACCUGGAUUUGACGAACGUUUCGUGUGACGUUGAAGCAGGAGCGAAAGAAAGUGAGGCGUAUUUGGAAUAUUAGGACAUAAUGUAAAAUUUUAAGGCAAUAAUGUGUGGAAGUAUUAAUGUAAAUUGCUCACUUUUAAACACUUUGCAUUUUGCGGCCAAAUUCACACAACAGAGACGUAUUUUCGUUCUAAUACCACAGUAGCGUUUGUUUUGGGCUGUGACGUCACAAACAGAUACCAUGAUCGAAAAUGUCAUUUCACUGCCACUACGGAAACACCAAUAAUACUUGGCGCGGUAAAUAUGGACCGGUAAAUAUUGAGAACAAAGGCAUUAGCCUUAGCGAAAUUAUUUGAAGAGGAUACCUUUGAUGAUGACUUACCAUAGCAUAUAGUAAAUCUGGGGUAACGUGUAAUGUUGUUUUUGCUAUUUCAAAAAGAGGAUAUACAGCAACAUUUUAGGCUAUAAAACUUGGUUAAAUGGCGUUUCUAAUACUUACAAGGGAACCUCGUAAGUAAGUAAUUAAGUAUAUUAGAAACUUUCACCUCUGUU